AUGUUGACUGAGGUAGACUGGGAGCUGAUAGCCUUGAGCUAUAUUGAGACCUCCUUCAGGCUUCUAGAAGCGCUUAUUCCAAAGCUCCCCACCGUGACAUCACAGGGCCCUGCACCGGCUUUCCAGACUAUACGAGGAGAUGGAACUCUCAAAAUAGAUGAAAAUUGCAUACCUACAGGCAUUCAUGUACACCAGAUUGAGGUGGUAGCUGCAUCUUUGGAACGUCAAGGAUCCUCCUUCUCUUCUUUGGAUGGGAGCCCUCCUGUACUUGAUUUUGGUAACAGGCAUGGAGCGGCAUUGGGAGUUACUUUGAAGGGUGCUCUUAAGCUGCCCCACUCAUACACGAAGGGGGAGGCCCUAGGAGAAUCCCGGAGCACUUGUUUCAGUGAGAGGACCUCUUACCUGGCCGCACGCUCGGCUCUGCAUAUGGCGCCCUGCAGGGUGAAAGGCGAUACCGGGAGUUGUCUGUUGCAGUUAGUUCAAGGAGUGCCAUCAGCUUUCCGGACUGGAGUGGGAAAGGCUCUAGGAAAUGUGCUCACCCAGAUCCCUUGUACACCUCCAACAAUUUUAUCUCAUAAAUGCUAUGUAUAUUUCUCACGAUCAGAGACUAGCAGUCCUGCAAAUCCACUAAAAAAACAGAAAGGAUUGAUUUGUGAUAAAAAUAAUAAAACAUUUGGAAAAUAUAGAGGGAAAUAUAUAUUUGGUUCUUUGAAAUCAGCGGAAAAUGUCUGUAACUUUUUUCUCCUGGGUUUUCAAGACUUGAAUGAUUUAAAGAUUAUCCUCUUUUUUUUAUUUAUGAUCAUUUAUAUUUUUACAAUGUCUGGUAAUCUUCUCAUCAUUUUAUUGGUGGUAACCACUUAUCGUCUUCAUUAUCCAAUGUACUAUUUCCUCUGCAAUUUAUCGUUAUCUGAAAUUAUUUUUACAACAAAUAUUGUUCCAAAUAUGUUACAUAAUUUGUUAUCGGGAGAUGGUUCAAUAACUGUACGUGAAUGUCGCACACAAUACUUUUUCUUUAGCUCUUCAGCAACUACAGAAUGUUUUCUGCUUGCCAUUAUGUCUUAUGAUCGAUAUUUUGCAAUAUGCAACCCACUGCAUUAUACAUCUUUAAUGAACUUCAGCUAUUGUGCCUAUCUGGUUAUAUGGUGUUGGCUAACAAGCUUUUUCAUAACAACAUUAACUCUGAUUUUGCUAAGUCAGUUAUAUUAUUGUGGUCCCAAUAUAAUAAAUAAAUAUUUUUGUGAUCAUAUGGCUCUUAUAGAGCUGUCUUGCUCAGAUACUUCCAUAGUUGAAAUAGAGACUUUUUUUUUUGCUUCUGCAAUAAUACUGUUACCUUUUAUUUUUAUUGUUAUUACAUAUGUCGUUAUUAUUCAUACUAUAUUCAAGAUCCCUUCCUUGACUGGUAGAAAAAAAGCUUUCUCCACCUGUAGUUCUCACCUUUCAGUAGUAUGCACAUAUUAUGGAUCACUGAUUGCUCUUUAUGUGUCACCUUCUCAAAGAAAAUACUUAAAUGUUAGCACAUUAUUAUCCUUGAUGUAUACGAUAGUCACUCCUUUGUUAAACCCUGUAAUUUACAGUUUAAGAAAUCAAGAACUUCAGACAGCAUUAAUUAAAGCCAUAAGGAACUUAAAUUUGUUUUCAAAAUAA